ACAUUGAUUUGACGUAUGUUAUGUGUACACAUUUUUUAAUUUACUCAAAUAUUUUAAGUGUUUCAAUGUUUAUGUUCUCUUAUUUGUCUAUAUUAGAUUACUUUUUUCAAUCUUAACAUUUAUGUAGUUAUGUACUAUUCAUAAAAAUGAAUGCGGCAAAGAUUUUAUCAGGUCAUGAACUGGUCUCCAAAGGCGCUACAAAAAUUGAAGCUACACUACCAGAAGUAGGAAAUAAAGAUGUCUUUCCAAAUGGUUCUUGGCUAGAGCAGAAACAGAUACAGUCAGCCUUAGAGGCUAAGAAACAUUUAAUUGAAGUGGAACGUAUUGAAAAAAGUGGAGCAUUGAGUCAUGCGGUGUGGAGGGAAGAAUUAAACUUAGCAGAAAUAACACAAAAAGUUGGAAAUUAUUGGCAAUAUUUAGGACAUAAUAAAGGAAAGCAAUUGUAUCUUAAACCUGAAGAAGCCCUUUUUCUCAUGGAAGUUAACUGUCUUCUUCUAAAAUAUCAUGAUGUAAAAGUAUCACUUCAACAAGCUUAUUCUCUAUUACUAAGAGACAAAAUCGCAAUCUUGCAUUACAAUGUUUAUGCAUCUCUUAGUCGUCUGGGUUACCGUGUUUAUAGACACGAGGAAACAGAAGCUAAUAUUGAAAAUAAACACAAUGAAUCACCUUGCAUUGAAAAAGUUGAUAAUAAUAAUGCACCUGAUAAAAAUGAUACCGACAAUAUGAUCAUAGAAAAAUCAAAGAGUCUGGAAAAUUCUACAAAUGAUAUUGAAAACAGCAGUUGUUCUCAAAAUACUCAAAGUAUAGAACAGAAUAUUGAAUAUCGAAAUAAUACAACUGAUGACAUUACAGAAAUAAUUGAGAAAAGUAAAGAUAUCUAUGGACUUAAGAAGCUUCAAAAAUUGAAGAACAGACUUUUAAAACCUUGCGAUUCAAAACAUCUACAUAAGUUGUUCGAUAAUCUACCAAAACUAUCAAAUAAAGAAACUGUUUCUAUUAAGGCACCUCCGACACAAUAUGUUCCAAGUAAUAUAAAUCUAAAUAAAUCAGUUUUUAAUAUCAAUAUACAAAAUAUACAAAGUAAAAGUGACCGAUCAGAUACAAAUGAAACAAACAUUUAUACAAAUGAUGAAGUUAAUGGGAAUCACAUAAGAAGACUUAGUAAUACCAGCCAUAUGUUACAAACUGAUCCUGCACAACAAUACAACACAACUAAUGUUGUAUUUGCUAAUACAAAUUUUCAAUAUAGACUCUUUAAUUCUUAUAGGCCUAGAUAUAGUUAUAACUCUAUUAAUUUUAGUAUGUUAUAUCAAAGAAGUCUUUUGAUUUUUCCUCCUCGGAUUCAGUUACCUAGAAUUCAACCACAAUUCUGGCAAACCACUUGUAAUAACCCCAAUAGAAAUUUAAAUGAUGUCAGUAUGAGUCUAAAUAGCAGUAAUUUUAACAAUAUGAAAAGGUCUAGAGUAACAACACAGCAAAAAAAUUUGGAAGAAAUAAAAAAGCUUGCUCUUAGAUUGAAACAAAUGAUCUUAUCAGGAAAUACUCGAGCGCAAAUUAUCCAACCGCUUCAAAGGCUAAUUCAUGCUUACAACAGUAGAUAUAGAACAAGAAUAAGGCUUGGUGAUGAUUUCAAUAUAAUAAUUGAAGAAACUAUUGUAGACACUAUCGAAUUAGAAGACGAUGAUGAUGAUGAACCUAGCCGAAAGAAGCGUCGUAGUGGCAAUAAUGAUGAUAAUCUUUCUAUGCUAAAAAAAUUUGCAUCACAGUUGAAAGAAUUAGAAAAAAAUAAUAAGUCAUCAGCGAGACAUAGGAGAGCUUUCUCAAAAUUGAUCAGAACAUUUAAUGAAUCCUAUAAAGAAGAAUAUUAUUUAACUGAUAGCUAUGAAAUAGAAAAUCGCCAACAGAUCACACUUGAUUCAUCUGAUGCUUCAAGUUCAGAGUGUGUAAAAGAAGAACCAAAAUUACGUAAAAGAAAAAGAUUAAGAAACCCUUUUAAUAUAUUAAAACGACUUUCUGAGCAACAAAAAGAAUCGUGUAACGAGGCAUCCACUAGUAUAAGCAGUAAUAAUAUAGAAUUAAAAAUAAAAAAGUAUAAUGAAUUGUUACUAAAAACUUUUACUAAAGACUGGUUACCAUCAGAAAACGAUUUUGGAAGAGCAGAAAUUGUUACUCAAGAAGAUGUUACUAAUACAAUAAUAGAUUUAAAAAGGGAAGAAUUCCUCUUCGACUUUCUCAAAAUACAAACUUCCAAUUGUGAUAACUGGUUAGACUUGAAAAAAUCUUUUUUUACUAGUAUUAAGGAAGCGAUUGCUGAAUUUCAAAGUGUACCUGCUGUUAUGAACAAUACAAUCGAUUCUGUUGUAAAACCAGGCGACUGCACUGAUAUGGCGUCAAUUUUAAAAAAGCUGAGAAUUAUUCGAAACGCAAAUGAAGUCUACGAUGACUGCAAGCUCGCUAUUGAUUUCGACGUAUACAAUAGAGAUGUUCAAAAUUUUAGAAAAUCAAAACGACCGACUCCACAUUUUCGCUUAAUUUGUUUUGAUGAAAAGAAAACUAUACCAUCAGGAAGUGAAAUAAUAAGCCUGCAUUCAAAAUAUCAUGACAAUGUUACCAUUUUGUGUGCUGUUGUUGGUGUGGAUUCAGUAUCAUAUAUACAAAUCAAUCCAACAAACUUGCCGGUAUAUAUCUCGAAUCAUACUUGACUUAAUAUAAAAUUGUAAUACAUACCAAAAAUCUAUAUAAAGAAGUAUAACAGCCACACACUGCCACAAAUUACAUUUUAAUAACUACAAACUAUUCUAAUACCGCUUGCCUGAAGUGCUAAUGUAUUAAAAAACCUUUCGCUGAUAAGCAAUAAAACUCUAGAUGUUUUAAUAAAAA